UUGAAGUGACUAAGACUACUACGGACCUGAGGAUUUCUGUGGAAGAUUCUCACCAGCAAAGAUUCAUGAGUGAUGGUCCCUGUGACUUCAAUUUGAGAGAAAACUAUAAUUCAGAUAUCAAGAUAAAGAAAAAUCAAAAUAAUCACUCUGCAUACGAUAAAGAUGGAAAGAGUUUUAGACAACACUCAGUCCUAAUUCAGUUUAAGAAAAUGACCUCAGGAAAUGAUUGUUUUCAAUCUGGUGAAAAUAAGGAAUGCUUUACUGGAAAAAUUCAGCUUAUUCAGUCUUAUGAGGAACCUCCUGAAGUGCAAACAUAUCAUCGUAAUCAAGGGGAAGUGGCCAGCAGUUUCAGUUCAGAUCUCAACAGACAACAGACAUGUCACCCUGAAAAAGUGUUUUAUUUUUGUAAUGUUUGUGGGAAGGCCUUUAGCCAGAAUCGAAAGCUCACUGACCAUCAUAGAAUUCACACUACAGGAAAACCUUAUGAUUAUAAUCAUUGUGGGAAAGGAUUCAGGCAGAAUGUCAAACUAGCUCAACAUCAGAAAAUCCACACUGGAGAGAAACCUCAUAAAUGUCAUGCCAGUGGAAAGACUUUCAGAAAGAGAAUCAAUCUUGGUGAACAUCAGAAAAAUCAUGGAGAGAAGCAUUAUGAUUAUAAUCAAUAUGGAAAGGCUUUCCAACAUAGUUCGAAUCUUGCUAUACAUCAGAAAAAACACACUAAUGAUAAGUCUUCUGAAGGUCGUAAAUGUGGCAAAGCUUUUGGUGAACACUCUUCCCUUAUUGCACAUCAGAGAAUCCACACUGGACAGAAACCUUAUGAAUGUAGUCAGUGUGGAAAGACUUUCACACAGAAUUCCCAUCUUUCUAAACAUCAGAGAAUCCACACUGGAGAGAAGCCUUAUGAAUGCCAUCAAUGUGGAAAGGCUUUCAGACACAGCUCGAGUCUUCCUCUUCAUCUUAGAAUCCACACCGGAGAGAAACCUUAUGAAUGUAAUCAGUGUGGAAAGGCUUUUACACAGAACUCUAUGCUUGCUGUACAUUGGAGAAUCCACACUGGAGAGAAACCUUAUGAAUGUAAUCAGUGUGGAAAAACUUUCCGACAGAACUCCAGUCUUGUUGUACACCAGAGAAUUCACACUGGAGAGAAACCUUAUGAAUGUGAUCAAUGUGGGAAGGCUUUCAAAGAGAACUCCAAACUUGCUGUACAUCAGAGAAUCCACACUGGAGAGAAACCUUAUGAGUGUAAUCAGUGUGGAAAGGCUUUCCGGUGCAGCUCUAGUCUUGCUGUACAUCAGAAAAACCACACUGGAGAGAAACCUCAUGAGUGUCAUGAAUGUGGCAAAGCUUUUGGUGAAAACUCUUCCCUUAUUGCACAUCAGAGAAUCCACACUGGAGAGAAACCUUAUGAAUGUAAUCUGUGUGGAAAGGCUUUCACACAGAAUUCCCAUCUUUCUAAACAUCAGAGAAUCCACACUGGGGAGAAACCUUAUGAAUGUCAUCAGUGUGGAAAAGCUUUCAGACAUAGUUCGAGUCUUCCUCUUCAUCAGAGAAUCCACACUGGGGAGAAACCUUAUGAGUGUAAUCAGUGUGGAAAGGCUUUCACACGGAAUUCGAGUCUUGCUGUACAUCAAAGAAUUCAUACAGGAGAGAAACCUUAUGAAUGUAAUCAGUGUGGAAAGGCUUUCAAACAGAACUCCAAACUUGUCCUACAUCAGAGAAUCCAUACUGGUGAGAAACCCUAUGAAUGUAAUCAGUGUGGAAAAGCUUUCAAAGAGAACUCCAGUCUUGCUGUACAUGAGAGAAUCCACACUGGAGAGAAACCUUAUGAAUGUCAUCAGUGUGGAAAGGCUUUCCCCUAUAGGGCUCUUCUUGCUUACCAUCUGAAAAUCCACACUGGAGAGAAACCGUAUGAAUGUAAUCAAUGUGGAAAGACUUUUACAAAUAAGUCCAGCCUUGCUAUACAUGAAAGAAUCCAUACUGGAGAGAAACCAUAUGAAUGUAAUCAAUGUGGAAAGACUUUCACAAAUAGAUCGAGUCUUGCUAUACAUCAGAGAAUCCACACUGGCGAGAAGCCUUAUGAAUGUCAUCAGUGUGGAAAAGCUUUCACUCAGAAUGCCAAUCUUCUGAAACAUCAGAGAAUCCACACUGGAGAGAAACCUUAUGAAUGUCAUCAGUGUGGAAAAGCUUUCACACACAAUUCUAAACUUGCUUGCCAUCAGAGAAUCCACACUGGAGAAAAACCUUAUGAAUGCCGUCAGUGUGGAAAAGCUUUCACUCAGAACUCCCAUCUGUCCAAACAUCAGAGAAUACACACUAGUGUGAUGGGUGAAAUCUGAAUUAACUGAGGAAACAAAGGACUGAACAUCUGAGCAUGUUGAUUUAUUAAGUGAUACAUGCCAACUGCUUAACAAAUCAAGACCAAGCAUCCUUUCCAAGUUGGGAGGAAGAGGAGCAAGUUUUAUGAAUUGGAAGGGUUUGGAAGAGCAAACAAGUGAAUUUUUCUGGAUAUGAAACAGGAUGUCAUAUAAGCCCUUUUCUUAGCAAGCAGGUGGAAUUUAUACAGGAAAAGGAAUUUUAGAACUCAAAAUAGUUUUAUGAGGAGUCAGUUUGGUUCACACAAUUCUCAAAAAUUUCACUGGAGAGAAACUAUAUGAAUGUUUUCAUUGUGCAAGGGUCGUUACUUGGAAUUAAAAUCCUGCCAUUCAUCAGGGAUGCUACACUGGAGAGGAAAUUUAUGAUGUUAACCAAUGUGGAAAGACUUUCCCAUAUAGGAUCCAUCUUGCUUACUCUUUGAGAAUCUACUCUGGAAAGAAACUUUAUGAAUCUAUAAUCAAUUUGGAAAAGCUUUUGUAUGGAAUUUUAGUCAUGUUGUACCUCAGAGAAGCCACACAGAAAAAAAUUAUAAUUAUAAUCAAGGUGUAAAGGUUUUUCCAUUAUAGAACCCAUCUUGCUUACUAUAUGAUCAUUCGCCCUGGAGAGGAAUUUUAUGAAUGUAAUCAGUGUGGAAAAUCAAACACAACUCUAGUGUUCCUCUUCAUUAGAGAACCCACACUGGAAAAAAAAAAAAAAACUUAUGAAUGUGGUAAAGCCUUCAAUAAAAUUCAUGCAUUAUUUUUCACCAGAGAAUUCUAUUAGAUAGGAAUUUUACUGCUAUAAUGAAUGAGGUAAGGCAUUUAAAUAGAGUAAAGAGCUUUUUCAAAGUUAGAAAUUUUAUUUUGAACAGAUGCUCUAUAUGAAUUUGGUGGGAGAAGGCCUUCAACUAGAGACCAUCUCUUACUUUACAUCAAAGGAUUCAUAAUGGAGAGAAAUUGUUCAAUGGAAAGAUGAUUUUUUUUCUGGAAGAUCACCAGAAAGCAGAAUAUUCAUAUAGGAAAGGAGGCUUAUAAAAAUCAAUCUCUUUUAUCAAUGUCAGGGCCUGUACAUGGAGAUCAUAUCUGAUUAUACAAGAAAUCCUGUGGCAUCUAAAACUUUUAGAUCUAAGUAAUGAGGAAGGGCCCCUUCCUGCAGUUUAGAUUUUGUUAUACACCUCAAAUUUUAUACUGUUCAUAAAGUCCUAUAAAUAUAACUUCUUUCUUUGAAAUUCUACUGGUUGUCAUUACUUCUCAGUAAUAUUCUAUAGCAUUUUUCUGUCAUAAUUUCUUUCAUUUCCCUAAUUGAUUUGUACUUAUUUUGUUUCCUAUUCUUUGUUGGCACUAAAUGUCCUGGUAUAAAUGUUUUGUUCUCUUUUGGUUAUUUAUUUCUAUGGGAUUUCUUUAGUUAUGUGUCACAGUUGAUAGUGUGCUAUGCUAGGAACUACAAGACCUGAGUUCAAAUUAAAUGUCUUAACACUCAUUAACUACGUUACCCUGGGCAAGUCAUUUAAUCUAUUCCUGCUUGGUUUUUUUUUUCUAUUUGUAGAAUGAGGAUAAUAAUAAUAGCUAUAUUCUGUGGUUGAUAUUCAGAAUAAAUAAUAAUGCAGUAUUUGUAAAGAGUUUUGCAUGUAUUGAAUCACAAUAGAAAAGUUAGCUUUUGUUAUUUAUUUCAUGAGCUAUAAGUCUCAUAAUAGAAUUAGGGUAAAAUGUGUGGACAGUUUAGUCAUUUUUCAUUCAAAUUGAGAUUCAGAAUAGGGUAGAGCAAGGUUUCUUUUUUUCAUUUUUUUAUUAAAGCUUUUUAUUUACAAAGCAUAUGCAUGGGUGAUUUUUCCAACAUUCACCCUUGCAUAGUCUUUUGUUGCAACUUUUCCCCUCUCCCCCCCAACCCUUCCCCUAGCUGGCAGGUAGUCCAAUACAUGUGAAAUAUGUUGAAUACCUGUUAGAUCCAAUAUGUGUAAACAUAUUUAUACAGUUAUCUGAUUGUGCAAGAAAAAUCAGCUCAAGAAGGAAGAAAAAGAAAAACAGAAAAAAAAUGCAAGCAAAUAACAACAGAGAGAUUAAAAAUGGUAUGUUGUGUUCCACACUCAGUUCCCAUGAUUCUCUCUCUGGGUGUAGAUGGCUGUCUUCAUUACUGAACAAGUGGAACUGGUUUGAAUCAUCUCAAUGUUGAAGAGAGCCACGUCCAUCAGAAUUGAUCAUUGCAUAGUCCUGUUGUUGCCAUGUACAAUGAUCUCCUGGUUCUGCUCAUUUCUCUCAACAUCAGUUCCUGAUCACUACAAAAUGCUGGAAAAUUGGAAAGAAAUCUGGAAGAAAGUAAAUAUAAUGAUAAAUUUGUAUAUGGCAUUUGUAUAUGACUAUAAAUGGCUUUGAUUUCUGCAUCUGAAAAUUGUUCAUAUCCUGGCUUCUUUACCUUCUUGAAUAUCAUAUUCCAAACCUUCUGAUCAUUUAAUGGAGAAGCUGAUAAAUCUCACAGUAAGUGAUCAGAGGGCUUGGAAUAUGAUAUUCUGGAUGACAAAGAAGUUUCUGCCUUGAUCUUUCCUGUCACCAUUAUAUCUUUCCCUGGUUGCUCUUAUGAUGCUGGGCUGGAGACCUCAGACCUCACAGCUUGCCUGCUGGGCCACUAACCUCCACUGGGGUUCAGAGUCUCCCACUGGCUUUCCGGGGUGUGGCCUACUGCUGACUUACCCAGACAUUG